CUGGCGCAUCAAAAAUUUGUCUUCUUUGCGCAUUUGAAACAUCAAAUGCAAACAGUGCAGACGAUGACUGUCCUUUCCUAUAAAGAAGAUUUGUGGACAAUGUUUGCGAUGUAUCACAUCCCUUCAAAAGUUUUGUUGCAAUGUUACUGUUCAUUGUGUCGUGAGGUUUGUAAUGAAUUCAAGCUUGGCAUCAAGUGUUCAAAAUGCUGUAGCCAACACUGCGACUAUAAAUACGACACAAAUAAACUCCGAGAUGAUGGAUGAUGUAAUGAGUGAGCCAAGCUCUCCAGAGAGCGCCUUUGAUGCGUCGGAACUUAUUGGAGAUGAAGUUACAUCGCAGUUACAAGCUGCAGGUCCAGUUGGAGUGGCCGCUGCAGCUGCCAUCAACACAAGUCGUGGCAAGAAACGCAAUCAUAUGUUUGAAACAAAUCCAUCAGUUCGUAGAAGACAACAGACCAGGCUAUUAAGGAAACUGAAAGCUUGUAUAGAGGAAUAUACAACACGUGUUGGUCAGCAGGCUGUGGUUUUAUGUUGUACGCCAUCCAAAGCCAUAAGUCUCAAUUCAUACAAAGUAUUUGGAUCCCAGCCUUUGGAAAAUGUUAUGAAGAACUGCAAGUCCACAAUAAUGCAGGAUCUAGAUGUGGCAUUGGCAGUGCAUGCUCCACCAAACAGCGAUGUUUCGUUAACUUACGAGCUUCCACCACUUGCACUUGAUGGUAUACCAACACCAGUUGAUAAAAUGAACCAAGCCCAAUUACGUACUUUCAUACCUGAGAUGUUGAAAUAUUCCACUGGGCGUAGUAAACCAGCCUGGGGUAAAAGUGAAAGUCGACCAGUCUGGUGGCCUAAUGAUGUUCCGUGGGCAAAUGUUCGCAGUGAUGUACGUACAGAAGAGGAAAAGAAGAGGGUUUCAUGGACAGAAGCAUUAAAAUCAAUUGUAAGGAACUGUUACAAGCAUCAUGGUCGUGAAGAUUUAUUGAACAUAUUCGGGGAGGAAGGAGCCGGUGCAGAAACUCAGCCAGCUUACCUCGGAACAAUGGUACAGACUAUAAAUAAUCCUGACGGAACAGUUUCAAUCAUACAAAUAGACACAGGACCAAACAGUGUGGUCACACUACCAGAUGGUACACAGGCAACUGUAGUACACUCCAUGACAGCUAUACCUCAAGAAAAUAUUAACCAUGUGAGCCAAGAUGUAAGUGGUGGUUUACAGGCUAUGGAUACAGCAUUAACAGCUCAGCAAUCACAAGAGGUUCAAGCCAACUCAGCCAUAGGCGAACUGCCAGGUGGUGCAUCUCUUACCAUCAGUGGAGGCCGUUUAAUCCUGGCAAAUGGGGAAAGUGCCCCGCUGACAACUGAUCCAACCACUGGAAUGAUGUCAAUACCUGUCUCAAUAUAUCAAAGUCUUAUGGCAUCCCAGCAACAGGGAACACUGGAUCUAGGGUCCACUGGUCAGGUGGUGUUCACCCAGGCAACUACCACCCAGCAAGUCCAGCAGCCACAGAUUAUCACACAGCAGCAACUAGAGCAGCUGCAGCAGCAACAAACCCUUCAACAGCAUUUAGAGGCUCACCAGGAGAUUGUACAUGUAGGGGAGCCUCUAGGUGUACAGUUAAAUCAACAACAUAUACAAGGUGCCAGUGGGGAUGGAUCUGAUAGCUUGAUAUCUACAGGAACUGUUGCAUGUAAAACUGAGACUUCAUAGUUAACAGACUGUUUGGAUAUUUAAAUAUGUAUUGUAUAUUUGUAUAUAAGAGCCAAUGUGUUCAAAUUAUGAAAAUGAAAUAGAAAGGGA